AUGCCCGAAUCAUACAUUCCGUACGCCCAUACGUCGUUUGCCGUCCUAAUACAUGGCACGGCCUAUGCCACCGGCUGCCCCAGCACUCUGCUUGAUCCAGUUCAACGCGCUACCGGCCCUCAACCACUUCAACUGCCCCCGGCUGAAACUAUGUCUCAAGCUCGCCUCCAAGGCGCCUCCAUCCCUCCGCUCCACCUUCAUCACCACGUUCUUGCCGGGCUCCAUCUCCCCAUCCUCAACACCCACCAGCAUCAUUUCGCCCUUCUCAAAGCCGCUAGCAUGCUCGUUGGAGCAUCCACAGACGAUGUUACAUGCCAGCCUGGACUCGAGGACGUGAUUGAGCUGGUGAAAUCCGGCGCUUUGUACAUCAAGCUCAGCGCGCCAUAUCGGAUAAGCGAGCAGGCUCCCCACUACGAAGAUGUGAAGCCGCUUGUUCGAGCGUUAGUGGGCGCGAACCCACGAAGGGUGCUCUGGGGCAGUGAUUGGCCGCAUACGCCGCGGAUGAAGGUCAGGUCGUGGGAAGUGGCGCUGAAGGAGUCCGCGUUCUUGAAGGUAGAUGACGAGGCAUGGCUGCGGAGCUUGAGGCGUUGGCUGUCAGAUGAGGAAUGGGAUUUGCUGAUGGUGCGGAAUCCGCAGGAGCUGUAUGGUAGUCAGUGA